GGGGCGCACUUCAACCGCCUGCAAUGGAUGCCAGCGCUGGGGGCUCGUUCGAUGGCUCGGCUGACAGACCUGGCAGCGGGCCAACCGCUGGCGACCACACGGCCAGACGGCAGAGCUGGGCGCUGGGCAGAGCUUGUCGGGAGGGCCUGCCUUUAAACGGGGUUAUCCCGCCGCACUCAAGCUUCCUGCAUCGCAAAACUAGAGGCUGAGGUCCUGCAUAUCCAUCGUGAACGACGGCCUUCUUGGUCCUGGGACCGCCCAGCGACGACUAAUUGACGACGCAUUUCGCCUUUCCGUCGACCUUCCGGGACAUCGACGUGUGACACGAGCGAGCACUUCGCUCUCCCCGCCCAAGCUGACAUCCAUUUCGAAGACUGCAUCAAACUUAGGACUCCCCCUUCCCCUACACAGCCUGCGAUAUUCACAAUGGGGUUCUUUAUUCCACGGCACUGGCGAUUCCCUAAGGUCAUAUGGGCGCUCUUGAUCCUCGAGUUCCCGUUUACGGUCGCCAAUCUGGCGCUCUUCGGCAUCGCGGCACCGAAUCUGUAUCGGACGAUAUUAUGGCAAGAAGGUGGGAUGCAUGGCUACAAUAGCGAUCCAUCUACUGUAUUGUAUGCGGCUGCAAAUCAUCGGCCUGUGAAGACACCGCUGGUUUGGAGUAAUUUCCAAACUCAAUUCAACCUCGUAGUCGGCGUCUUCAGCAUGUUUGUCCUACUCACCAAAUUCACUAUGUUCACCGUACACGCCUUCUGGCCGCUGCUAUCUCUCAUCGUCCACCUUGCGCUCGUCGCUCUCUGGGCCGUUAGCAUCCACGCCCAGACGGCGCCGGACACGAUUGACCCAAAGAGAGCUAACAACGGGCCGCCGUGGUAUAUCACUAAAAACUGCAAUGUCUCGAGCUCGACGAGAAUCAAAGGGUACUGUAUGCAAGCGAAGAGUGCGUUUGCUGUUAGUGUGGUUAUGCUCGUCCUCUUCGCCACUCACGCUAUCAUCGCCGCCUACUCUCUCCGCCCCACCAAAGAAGCCCGCAUCGCACACGACCAAAAAGUCGCCGAAAAGAAAGCAGAGAAAGAGCUCUACGAAUCCUCGCCCUAUGACAACGAAAUGACGGCGGAUGAGCAAUGGCAGCAUAUGUGGGAGCUGCAGCAAUUGCCAAGAACUCCGGGCACUGCCGGUGGAAUGCGGAGUCCCAUGACGCCGAGGACGAAGGCGUUCAACUCGUUGGAUGGAGGCCAGGGACACUAUGCGAGAGAACCGCAUCAGCCGGUGAGUCCAGUUGCGGAGGAGGAGCAUGGGCAGUGGUAUGAGGGGAGAGGGAAGGGGCAAGGGCAGGCCGUGUAGAUGGGGUUGGAGACUAGGUGCAGAGAAGAGAGAGUGGAGAGGGAUAUAGAACGUGAGGGAUGAGAGAUAUUUUGGGAUGUCUUUUGCGGCGUUCGAGCGAGUGGGCAUGUUUGGGAUACCUAUCUGACACCCACUUUUUGGGUUAUGGGAUCUUGAUGGGGAUGUUAUAUACCUGGCGUACGCUUUGGGUUGUUUCGUCGGGCUUUUUAUCGAGUAGGCAUGAGAUAACUGACCUUGUAUCAAUCCUUUGUCAUCAUCUAAUAUACCCCCAUGAAACAAAU